UCAAAAAAACACCUUUCAGUUACAGAAGGAACACAAGAUAGGAUUAUGGAGAAAGGAAAUUCAAGCUCUAAUUCAAGUUCUUUGAGCCUUCAACUUAAURCGAACAUAUUGAUAUUCACUAUUGUAUUUUCUAUGCAAUUCAUCUUUGCUGUCGUUGAAAACUCACUUAUUGUGUGGAUAGURUGUAAGGACAGUCGAUUGAAAACUAACACUAAUUACUUAGUAGCAAACAUGGCUGUGAGUGAUGUUCUGGCUGCRUUUUCCCUUUUUCCUCUACGUUUAGUUUGGAUCAACUUCAACAAAGAAUGGCUGAUUGGAGGUCGUGCAUUGUGUAAAGUAAGCAUUUUUAUCAUAGAAGUCUCGCUAGCAGUGUCAGUAUCCAGCUGUCUUUUCAUUGCAAUUKACCGCUACUAUGCCAUAGCUCAUCCUCUAAAGAAAUCAUCUCAAUUCAAGAUUAAAGUCAUYGUUGCACUGAUUUGGAUCUUGUCAAGUGUUUUCAAGGCACCGAUUUUGUACUUUUUUGACAUUGUAGACAAAGAUAAUAGAAACAUUUGUACUGUWCCAUCAAACCUUUCCUUGUCUUUCAUCCUUUACUACUAUAGUAUCAAUGCUAUAAAUGUUGGUGUGACAUUGGUUGCKGUAACUGUCCUCUAUGCUCUAAUUGUUUAUAAGCUUCACAAGCAAAAAGGCCCUGGGUCUCAAAACAAUGCAACUAUAAGACGCAAAGAGCUUCAGAACAGAAAGGUUUUAAAGAUAUCCAUAUCCAUUGUGGCUUUAUUUUAUCUUAGCUGGGGUACUAGAUGCAUAAUUGUGAUUUUGCGUGAUAAUGGGAACUUUCACCAUCUUUCUCAUGAAGCAAACUUCAACUUGGAAAAUUUUUCUUAUUUCAUGUUGUACAUGAGCCUUGUGUACAACUUCUUCAUAUAUCUGAUCUUCAAUGGUGUUUACCGCCAGAACUUAAAAGCUUUAAUCACAAAAUGUUGUCAUGGUACUACAGUCAACAGCAGUGCUGAUUACUUUUCUAAGCAAARCAACACUGGCAAUAGAGAGGGAGUUUCUGAUACUGCUGUCUUGGAAAUGAAAGACAUACAGGAGCAUUGAUAGAUUAUGAAACGUAAAGAAGAUAUUACAUACAUGUAGACAUACAGACUUUAUCUUUGAUUACUGAAACAACCUCUCACAACUGAGUAUCGCUUUGUAUUGUUUAAAAAAAUUAAAGAAAGUUGUUCUAUCAGAUUAUUAAUUAAUUUGCUUUCAUCUCAAGCAAAAAAUUAUAAUGUCACUCAAUACAAAAAAAAAUAAAAAUGUUAUAUACAACUUGUAAAAUAAUAUUAAGGAUGAUUUAAGGUAAGAUACAUGGCAAAACAUGAGUAGUAAAUGCACGUAUGAACUCUUUCGGUCUCUAAUGAGCAUUGUGCAUUUUGCUAGAAAUAAAACACAUUUUGAAUAAUUAUGUUUCAGAAAGAAAUGCAUACGUUAUAUAAAUAAUUUAGCUUUACAUAAAUUACAUUAUAUAAAUGUAUACACAAUGUUGAGUUGUUGUAUUUCUCUGCAUAAAAUAUACCAUCUUGUAUUAUUAUUGGAUGAAACAGUGAUGAAUUAAACAUCAGCAAUGUACAAGUUAAAUAACCUGAUUCAUAGACAACCCCUAUUGAACUGAUAGAUCAUGAAUUAUUUAUGAGUUUUGUAAAGAAAAUUUACAGUUGAGCUGCUUGAAGAAUAGACACACUAAAUCCAGGAAUAUUACUUACUAAAUAGCACUGAAAUUGGAAUAUUUUAUCACUUA